CAAUUAGAGCUAAUCACACCCUUUCAGCUGUAUUUCAACCCUGAAUUAAUAUUUAAACACUUUCAAGUAUGGAGGUUAAUCACAAACUACUUAUUCUUUGGACCAGUUGGCUUUAACUUUUUAUUUAACAUGAUCUUUUUAUAUCGUUACUGCCGAAUGCUUGAAGAAGGCUCUUUCCGAGGUCGGACAGCAGAUUUUGUAUUUAUGUUCCUUUUUGGAGGAUUUUUAAUGACUCUUUUUGGGCUCUUUGUGAACUUGGUUUUCUUGGGCCAGGCGUUCACCAUAAUGCUGGUGUAUGUAUGGAGCCGCAGGAAUCCCUAUGUCCGUAUGAACUUCUUCGGUCUUCUCAUCUUUCAAGCCCCGUUUCUACCCUGGGUAUUGAUGGGCUUUUCGCUGCUUUUAGGGAACUCCAUCAUUGUGGAUCUCCUGGGCAUUGCCGUUGGACAUAUAUAUUUUUUCUUAGAGGAUGUCUUUCCCAAUCAACCUGGUGGUGGAAGGCUUCUGAGAACACCGUCUGUCCUGAAAGCAAUAUUUGAUACACCGGAAGAUGAUCCGAAUUACAAUCCCUUGCCAGAAGAACGACCAGGAGGAUUUGCAUGGGGAGAAGGUCAGCGCCUCGGAGGCUAAUAAGUGUCUGUGCCAAAACCCAGCGACAGCUGGGACGGACUGACCUGAGUGAAGUUCCAUGCUGCGGACUCUCCUUCGCCUUUUGACAGCUCUCUGGUUUUGAAUACAAGCACUUUAUGAAAUGACAGUCUAAUCCAAGACACUUCCAGGCUACCAGUGUCUUUCCCAGUCAGGGACUUUAUUGUGCUGGUAACAAAAAUACUAAUCCAGUGGAGCCAAAAACCUGAAACUGGAAACCAUUUCCUGCCAACUUCAGUUAACAAGACCACGAUCACUUGUUUGAAGCAAUUUCUAAGGCAUUUUUUUCAAGUUAUUUGAUACAGGAAACUAUAUGGGGAAACUUUAUGUGGGACAAAACCAACUUUUUAGGUUUUAACUCAUUUUUUUAUUCUUGGAUAAAACA